AUUAAUAGUAUAAAAUAUUCAAUUUGUUUUAUUUCUUUUAUUUUUUUAUUUAUAAUAAGAAUAUUAAAUUUUAUUUUUAUAAUUUAUUUUAUUAUAAAUAAAUUAGUUAUUUUAUUAGAAUGAGAAAUUAUUUCUUUUAAUUCAAUUAGAAUUGUUAUAUCUAUUUUAUUAGAUUGAAUAUCUUUAUUAUUUAUAAUAUUUGUAUUUUUGAUUUCUUCUGUUGUUAUUUAUUAUAGAAAAAGAUAUAUAAGUUCAGAAUUAAAUUUAAUGCGAUUUAUUAUUUUAGUUUUAUUAUUUGUUUUUUCUAUAAUAUUAUUAAUUAUUAGUCCUAAUAUUAUUAGAAUUUUAUUAGGUUGAGAUGGUUUAGGUUUAGUAUCUUAUUGUUUGGUAAUUUAUUAUCAAAAUUUAAAAUCUUAUAAUGCUGGUAUAUUAACUGCUUUAUCUAAUCGUAUUGGUGAUGUUCUUAUUUUAAUAGUGAUUUCUUGAAUAUUAAAUUAUGGUAGAUGAAAUUAUAUUUUUUAUUUAGAAUUCAUAAAUAAUGAUUGACAAAUAAAAUUUGUAAGAAGAAUAAUUAUUAUGGCUGCUAUAACUAAAAGAGCUCAAAUUCCUUUUAGAUCUUGAUUACCUGCAGCAAUAGCAGCUCCAACUCCUGUUUCAGCUUUAGUUCAUUCAUCAACUUUAGUUACUGCUGGAGUUUAUUUAUUAAUUCGAUUUAAUAUAUUAUUAUUAGAUACUUUUUUUUUAAAAAUAUUAUUGUUAUUAUCUGGAUUAACUAUAUUUAUAGCUGGUAUUUCUGCUAAUUAUGAGUUUGAUUUAAAAAAAAUUAUUGCUUUAUCUACUUUAAGACAAUUAGGUUUAAUAAUAAGAAUUUUAAGAAUAGGAAUACCUGAUUUAGCUUUUUUUCAUUUAUUAACUCAUGCAAUAUUUAAAGCUUUAUUAUUUAUAUGUGCAGGUGUAAUUAUUCAUUUAAUAAAUGAUAUACAAGAUAUUCGAUUUAUAGGGGGAAUUUCUAUAUAUAUUCCUUUAACUACAUUAUGUAUAAAUAUUUCUAAUAUGGCUUUAUGUGGAAUUCCUUUUUUAGCUGGGUUUUAUUCUAAGGAUUUAAUUUUAGAAAUAGUUAAUUUUAGAACAUUUAAUUUAAGAAUUUUUUUUUUAUUUUAUUUAUCAACAGGGUUAACAAUAUUUUAUAGAUUUCGUUUAGUUAUAUAUUUAAUAAUUAAUGAUUAUAAUUUAAUAAGAAUUUAUAAUUUAUAUGAUGAAGAUUAUAUUAUAUUGAAAAGAAUAUUUAUUUUAUUAUUUAUAAGAAUUAUUAGAGGAAGUUUUUUAAAUUGAAUAAUUUUUCCUUAUCCUUAUAUGAUUUAUUUACCUUUUAACAUAAAAAUAAUAGUAAUUUAUGUUAGAUUAAUUGGAGGUGUAUUUGGUUAUUUAGUUAGAAAUAUAAAUAUUUAUUCAGUAAAUAAAUUUAUUAUAACUUAUAAUUUAAGAAAUUUUUUAGGGAUAAUAUGAUUUAUACCUAAUUUAUCUACUUAUGGUUUAAAUUAUUAUUUUCUUAAGUUUAGACAAAAUUUAGUAAAAAAUAUUGAUCUAGGUUGAAGAGAAAUUUAUAGAGGGUUUGGUAUAAUAUCUAUUAUAAAAAAAAAUUCUGUAUUUUAUAAUAUUUAUCAAAUAAAUAAUUUUAAAAUUUAUUUAUUUAGAUUUGUUAUUUGAAUAGUAAUUAUUUUAUUUAUAAUAUUAUUUAAUAUUUAA